CCCCUGCCUAUUUUCAAUUGUACAGUAUCAUUUCGUAUAAUAAGUAUCAUUUCUCUUUCUUCCCCUCCGACGAAAUAUUACCUUCAAAAUGUCCCCAAAUAUGCAGAAACAACAUCCUCAAUCCGUUCAUGGAGAAAGCCACGAGAGAAAAUACGGUGCUUUCCAGAAUGAAAUCUAUAGAGAUGGCAUGUUUGCUAACACUGUCCCGACUGUGACCACCGAUCCCAACAAACUCGAGGAGCAAGCACGCUCUAAGCUUGCACCCACAUCAUACAACUAUGUAGCCGGAGGAGCCGGUGAAAGAGCCACAAUGGAUGCCAACAGACUUGCGUUUAGACAAUGGAAGAUGGUACCUCGAAUGUUGCGUCCCACUACCAAGCGAGAUCUCCGUGUCAAUCUCUUUGGCCAGGAAUAUGAUAGUCCCAUCCUUAUGGCUCCAGUUGGUGUUCAGCAGAUCUUCCAUGAAGACAAGGAGGCGGGUCUCUCGGAGGUUUGUGCGGAGAUUGGGGUACCUUAUAUUUUGAGCACUGCUUCGUCAUCAUCCAUCGAAGAAGUAGCCGAAUCUAACGGCCCCGAUGGCCACCGCUGGUAUCAACUCUACUGGCCUCAAGAUGACGAAAUCACCCUCUCCCUCCUCAAACGCGCGAAAGACUCCGGCUACAAAGUCCUCGUCGUAACCCUCGACACUUGGGCUUUAGCCUGGAGACCCGCUGAUCUCGAUGGAGGUUAUGUCCCUUUCAUGAAAGGUGUCGGUAACAAAACUGGCUUCACUGACCCUGUCUUUCGUCGAAAAUUCAACGAAAAAUACAACGCUACUCCAGAGGAGAAGCCUUUUGAGGCUUCCCGAGAAUGGGUUGGUGAUGUCUUCUCCGGUGCUGCGCAUACAUGGGAUCAAAUCAAACUUUUGAAAGAUAACUGGGAUGGACCUAUUGUUUUGAAAGGCAUCCAACAUCCAGACGAUGCAUUGGAAGCCGUCAAAGCCGGCGUCGAUGGCAUCAUUGUUAGUAACCACGGCGGUCGUCAACUCGACGGUGCGGUUGGCUCUCUAGAAAUGUUACCGGAGAUUGUCGAAGCUGUCGGGGACAAACUGACAAUUCUGUUCGAUAGUGGCAUCCGCACUGGUGUGGAUGUUAUUAAAGCCCUCAGUCUGGGUGCCAAGGCCGUUCUAGUCGGAAGACCUGCUGUCUAUGGAUUGGCAAUAGGUGGAAAACAGGGAGCCAAACAGGUCUUGCAAGGGAUUUUGGCGGAUGUGGAUCAAAGUAUGGGGUUGGCGGGUAUCCAAAAUAUCGAGGGAUGUAAUCGUUCGAUGAUUAGGAGGGUGCAGUAUGGAGGGGAUGUUAAGGCCAAUAAUUAAUUAGUGGGCUUAGAAGGGUAAGUUGUUCUUAGUCCUAUCAGUAUUUUUACAAUAGUCCGAAUUGUACUCCGUUCCAACAUUCUAGGUUUGAGGUUCAGAGAACAUUCUUGUUGAUUUGAUAGAUUGAUCAAUUAUUUCAAAUCAAAUCAACAAUUCAACAAUUGAAAUUAUAUUGAUGUCUGAAAUACUUUUAGUAUUUAACAGGUAUUGAAUAUUCUAAAGGUUUGAAUGUUGAAAUUUACGUAGUUCA